ACUGCGUAAUCCAGUAAGUGACCCAAGUACUCUCUGUCUGUAUAUAAAACUGAUGUCAAUCUAGUAUACUUCCCGAGUACCCCGCCACCACUAUCCCGUGGGUCCUACGGCUGUAGCAAUAUAUCUCUCCCAUACUUUACCCUAGAACGGACGGUCUGUUCCCAUACCUUUUGUGCUACUAGUGUUGAUCCUCCCCGUUAAAUGUAGUAUAUGUUCAUGUGUUCUCCAAUGCAUACUUCGUCGUUCCCUCGAUGUGCCUUGUGCAUACGUCCUCUAUCUCUCGUGUCGGCUCCCCUCUUCGCCAGCUUCCCUCUUCGCCAAGGCUGCGUAGAUGGAGGGGGACUAUGGAGAAUGUUUCACCUGACUACAGAGAAGACCCGUCAUAUGUGUUGCGUGCUCCUCGUAAGCUAUACUGCCGUCGUAUGUUCGUAUAUAGCCUCUCUUGUAACCUGCUGCUCUAUCGCGUUCUCGCAUUGUCCCUCUUCUCGUCGUUAUGCAUCAUGAAUUUCUGAGUCUUUCGUACUGCUUACUGCGUAGAAUCGUC